CGGAACGCGCUCAGAAAAUAGCACCAUGUCGCUCGCCGUAGAAACGGAAAUUCGCCGCACCGCUUUUCAGGAGCUCAUCAGACAAAAAGAAACGUGUGAAUUCCAAGUUUCCAUGUGAACGGUUCGGGACGUUAUCGGUGUUAACGGGGCUGCUGUGAACCAGUUCGCGCUUCGCCAGGUUUGGAGCUGCGCGGCCGCCGUACUGCCACCGGGAGACAACAUGGUGCUGGAGAAGAAAGGCUCUGCCCGGGUGGAGGCCGGUCAGCGCAGAGUUCUGGACGAGGCGACCCGUCAGAGGAGACUGACACGGCAGCUGGAGGCUCUGGAGAAGGACAACUUUCAGGACGACCCCCUGUCCUCACUGCCUCCCCCAGGGCCUACUGCCCGCCUUCCGGCCUUCAGCGAGACAGAAGAACCAGAGAAGAAGAAGAGGAAGACGAGGGGCGACCACUUCAAGCAGCGUUUCAGGAAGAACUUCACCACGCUGCUGGAGGAGGAGAACCUGUCUGAGAAGCCGGAGCCCAACUACCUGUCGGCAGCAGCCCCGCCCUCCUCGCUGCCCCCCCGACACUUCUGCUGCGUCUGCGGCUUCCCGUCGCAUUACACCUGCACCACCUGUGGGGGGCGCUACUGCAGCAGCAGGUGUCUGUGCACCCACAGGGAGACCAGGUGUCUCAAGUGGACGCUGUGAUGACCGCGACUCGUCACCACGGCAACGGAGGUGAUGGGAGGUGAAGCGACGUCUGCAGCCGUUCACGACAUUCUAACGAUGCAUCUACCUAGACAGGUGGAAGCAGGAAGACCUGGACAGGUGGACGGUGGACUCUACAGCAGCAUGUUAGCUUAGCUUAGCAUAAAGAGCUGCUAACAAUGAGGACAUUUGGACUUUUUGGUCGUUUUAUUAUUUUGGACGUUUUUUGUUAAUGUUGGACGAGUUUCACGUCAUCCUGGAUAAAUUUCUGUUAAUCUGGACAAACUCUGAGUCAUUUUCAACCAUUUUUGACUCUUUCUGGACACUUUUUUAUUCAUUCUGGGAGGUUCUGAUUCAUUUUUGAGACAUUCAGUGACUGUGGACAAUUUUAUGUCAUUUUGUACAAAUUCUGGGUCAUUUUGAGUUAUUUUUGACUAAUUUUGGUCAAACUCUCAGUCGUCUCUUCCAGUCUUCUGCUGUAAAUGAGAAGCUCCAGCUUAGCUUAACUUAGUUUAGCUUAACUUAGCUUAGCAUAAGUGGCUGCUAGCUGCGGCUAACAGCUAGCCUAGCUCAGCUCCCUGGUGUUCAGUUCUGUGUUUGUUUCAGAGUUGAGAUGUUUGAGCUGCUGUCUUCAUUAAAUGUGCUUCAGAAGAACGUCUCUGACUGUCUGUCUGUCCUCCAGCGCCACCACCAGGUCGUCUCCUGUAAAUACAACAGCAGCAUUUAAACAGCAAUCUAAAGUUUAUUACUGAUGAUGAUGUGUUUUCCUGUAAAAACUGUUGGUUCGGUUUUAUUUCUGUCAGGAUGUGAAGCAGAUGAGUGGAGAUCGAACCAGACUGACAACUUUCACGCCUUUUUGUUGUAUUUUUAAUUCAGUUUGGACAGAAUUUGAGUCACUGAGCAAAUCUUCAGUUAUUUUUUUGAAUGAAUUAUUAAGUAAUUUUGGACAAAUGUGUGUUUGAAAAAAAUCUCAUUUUCUGAAUAAAUACUGAGUUAUUUUGAACAGACUGCAGUCACUUUGGACACUUUGGGACGAAUUUGGGACGAAUUUUGAAUCAUUUCAAUCAGUUUUUGAGUCUAUUUUAGAGUAAUUUGGGGCAAAUUUUGUGUGUUUGGACAGUUUUAGGGCAUCUUCAACAGGUUUCAUGUGUUUUGGUCCAAAGUUUGAAGACAGAUUUACAGUUAUUGAACACAUUGUGGUCAUUUUGGAAAAUGUUGUAAGAUAUUGUGUACCAGUUUAAGUGUGUGUGUGUCUGUGUGUGUGUUUGUGUCAGGUUAAAAGUCCAGCUGACUCUCUCCUUUUCCCUCCCUGGUAUCCAUGGCAACAGUGUCAUAAAACAUGUCAAUAAUUAAUGUGGACUUUUGAGUUGUUUUGACACAAAGUUUCUACACACAAAUACGCACAAACACACACAUACAGUAACACACUCUCUGUUCCAGCGGUGCGGAUUUUGUCUCAACUGGAGGAAACGUCGCCUCGAACAGCGGAGCAGCUUCACACAGUCGCUCCUGCAGACGUCCAUCAUGAAGCCUUCGUCUCCUCCUCGUCCUCCUCGUCUGUCUCUGCAGAGUCCUGAGCUGCAGUCAGAGUUCUUCAAAGAGUUUCGGAACAAACUUCGUCCUCAGAGAGAUGUCUGUGAUUCGGGUGCUGUCUCUCCUCCGUCCUCUCCCCCGUCCUCCCCCUUCAGUCCAGCUCCGUCUCCUUCGUCCUCAUCUUCAUCGUCUCCCAGUUCCACCAUCAGUCCAGCUCGUCUAUUGCUGUCCAGCCCUGAGCUGCUGUCAGAGCUCCGGGAGUCCAGGACACGCCCCCUCAGACAUGUCCCCGCCCACAAGGGACUGACCACCGUCUUCUCUGGACGAGGACGAGGACGAGCACAGAACUCUAACUCCUCCCCCAACACCAAACCAGCCAAUCAGAAGACUUCACGUUGAAUUCAUGAAGAACCACUACCUCAGUCCAACAUGGACUCUAAUUCUGCUUGAAUGAUCGUUUUAUCCCAAUCUGAAAUCAUCAACUCUGAACCUGGACAUUUGAUCACAGAACCCCUUCAGACCAGGACUGAAGACUGCAGUUCCUGGAGCGUCCACCAGAGGCAGACUCUAGCUCCUUCAGACCUCCAUGUUAAAAUGUUCCCAGCAGAAAUAAACGUGUUUACAGCCUGGUGUUCAACCGGUCCUGGUCUCUUACGAUAAUUCACCCAGUCAUGUUGGCUUUAGGCUGUUUUAGGGGGACCUGGACCUCCAAGUUCAGGAUCCGCCCCUGUAGAACCACUCUUAAGGUCAUGUUUAUUGAAGUACCACUCCAGGUGUGUGCAGGAAAAGGUAACUGGCUGGUUGGGUUUUAGUUGUUACUUAUUCUAUCCCUCAAACACGCCAAGAACUCCAGAUCCAUGAGACUUCAGGGAGGAAUCAUAAAACUACAGAUUAGAAGAACCUAAUUAGACUUAGUCUGGAAUGUCCCAAACAUUCACUCCAAAGUAGGAACUUUCGGAGAUCGCAAAGAUGUUCUCUGUCCUCUCGAUGUCCAGCAGCAUCUUCAACCUAAAGUUCUACAGAUGUUCCAACAGAACAAACCUUCUGUUUCCAGUUCAGUCCAGUAGCUGCUGGUGUUUAAUGAUCAAAGCUGUGAUCCGACACCAGCCCCGUCUCUCCAUAGUCCACCAGAAAAAUUCACAGUUUUCAACGUACUCAAGGCAAAUUCAGAAGCGUUUGAGGUUAGGGUUAGUUCCAGGGUUAGUAGAGUUAGCUACAUUAAUGAGAGUUCUGCAGGGUAGGGUUAUGGUUAGGGUUGGUAGGUUUAGUGUUAAGGGUUAGGGUUGGAGUUAAUGACAUUCUUGAUAGUUUCAUAGGGAUGGGUUUAAGGUUAGGGUUAGUCCUACGUUAGGGUCAGUAGGUAGAAUCGUUUCGAGUUAGUAGAUUUAGUUUUAGAGGUUAGGGUUAGUAGGUUUACCGUUAGUGGUUAGGGUCGGAGUUAAUUACACUCAUGAUAGUUUUGUCGGCAUAGGUUUAGGGUUAGUUUAGGAUUAGUAGGGUUAGGGUUAGUUUUAGGGUUAUAGUUUGGGUUAGGUUAGGUUCAGUAGGUUUAGUUUUAGGGUUGGGUUACUUCCAUUCUUGAUACUUUGUUUAUUAACAUCCAGAUUAUUUAUUCUAAUUCGAGUUCAGGUUUUUCUAGUCGAUGUUGAACUUCAACCAAACACAUGAGCUCAUUUCUGUUGCUGUGAUUGGACGUCACCGUCCAGGGGCGGAGUUUAAACGGACGAAGGAUGAAGUUCACAUGUAGAAUUAAGAUCAAAGCAACCUGAUGGCGCUGUUUCCUCUCAUGACCUCACUUCCUGUUCUGUCCAGCUCUUGUUUAUGUCAUCAGAAGGUUGAACCUUAUCAUUUUUAGAGCUUCCAUCGUUUGAAAUUAAAAGUGCAGAUUUUAUUAAUAUUAGCUGUUAAGUUGUUAUGAAAAUACCGUGUUUUUACAUGGAUCCUAUCAUGUAGAGAUAUUGUUUCAUAACUGGUCAAAUCACAACCAUGAAUGUGGCUAAAAUAUGUGUUUAGUAACAGAUUUAAAUGUUGUAACUUACAUGAAGAUCUAAUGUCUAAUACAGAAUUUUAUUCCUAAACUGUAUUACUUGAAAACACUUCAUCACCCAGAACAAACCGGAAUCAUCACUGAGGAAAAGUUGUGCUCCUUAUUUUUCAUGUAAAGUUUACUGUGAAAUCACGAGAACCUCCACGAGAGUGUGAAAAUAUGCAAAGAAAUGUGUAAAGACGCCACUUUCCAGAAGUUUUAUAUGUCUUCAGAAUCAUUUCCUGAUUAAAAACUUGUGUUUUUUCUUCCUUCCUGUCGAUUCUUGUUUAAACCCAGUAAUGAUUCAUGUUGGAACUACCAUUAAACCUGAUGGAAAACCAGA